AUGUCUCCCACAGGAAGAGCUGCGGAUGCGGCUGCAGGGAAGAUGAAGAAGCGCCCACGAAAUCUUGAUGAAGAUCCCUCCUCAACCACAACGAUCGAAGUCAGCGCCGAAAGUCAUGACUUGCAGUCUGCGUCGAGAAAGAGGCAACGCAAUGACUUGACCAUCACGAGCCUUGCCUCUAAUGCGACUAUAACGACUACAACCACUCAAGCGAAGCCUAAACUUGCUUCCAUCUUCGCGCCUCCAGAACCCUCUAACUUUCGUUGGCUGUCUCCCUUCGACCGCACUUGCCUGCGUGGCGUACACCUCUCCCCCCUACACCCAUUCACAGACUCGGCGACAAGCGAAGGCCCAGUCAGAGUCAAGAUAGCUGCAUUCGACUUGGAUGGUACGCUCAUUCGCUUCGCUGGAUUCGGUACAAAGGGCCCAGUACGGUUCGAUUGGUGGCGUGCAGGCGUUCCUGCUAAGCUGAAAAGCCUGCAUGCCGAAGGGUACUUGAUAGCCAUCAUAUCCAACCAGAAAUAUAAGGGAAAGAGCCUCCAGCGCUUUCAAGACAAAUUGCCCUUGAUCGCACGCGCUCUUCCUGACGUCCCCUUCUACAUCUUCGCUGCAACUUCGGAUGACAAGUUCCGCAAGCCCGGGAUUGGGAUGUGGGAUGCGCUUGUCUCGAUGCUCGAAGUCGAUGCUGUCGCCGUAGAUAAGACACAGAGUUUCUUCGUGGGCGAUGCCGCUGGUCGACUGAGUGAUCAUUCAGAUGGCGAUAAAGGUUUCGCGGAGGCUGUGGGGCUAUCAUUUCACACGCCGGAGGCAUACUUCCUCGGGAUCAAGCCAAAAUGA